AUGGCGACAGUCACGGCGCGCAUCGUCCAGCCGGCCGGCACGGGCGAGGCGCGGGCGACCAGCGCGCGCACCUCGACGGUCAAGGACGCACCACAGAAGACGGAUUCGUUCCAGGAAAAGCGCGGGAGCAACUUCCCCAUUCGGUCCUCCGAGGACGAGGAAGGCCUCCUCGAGAUCCUCCCCAUCCCCGGGCGGCCCGAGGAUGAGAGGUUCAGGGAGAUCCGCAUCUGCUGCCCGGAUGCAACCGGGUUGGGGUGCGACCUCACGCGCACGCUGGUCGACGCGGGGCUCGCCGUGAUGCGCGGCGACUUCUCGACGGACGGCAAGUGGGCCUUCGUCAUCUUCCAGGUGCAAGUCACGUCCGGGUACCGCCCGAACUGGCCGCGGCUGUUCCGCGGGCUGGCGGCGCAGUGUCCGAGCAGCCGCACGCUGUGGCGCUCCGGCAGCAACAGCCGGCGCACGGCCCUGGCGGAGCGCGUGUUCAUCCUGCAGGUCCGCUCGUACGACCGGUGCGGGGUGCUGCACAACCUGGUGCAGGCGCUGUGGGACGCGGAGCUGGUGGUGCACCGCGCGCAGAUCACGACGAACCCGGGCGGGGAGGUGGUGGACAUGUUUUGGGUGUCGGACCAGCGCGAGGAGCUGCCCUCGCAGCCGCGCGUGCUCGAGGUGGUGCGCGGGGUGCGCGAGGCGCUCAAGCAGCCGCAGGCGUCGUGCUUCUUCUCCGUCGUCGCGCCGGAGGACAUGGCCAGCGGCGACGCGCGGUCGGUGCGCGUGCUCAACCGCGACGCCAAGGGGCAGGCGCCGCUGCGGCCGCCGCAGGUGCUGGGCGUGCAGGCGGGGCGCCGGAGGCAGGCGAGCUACCCGGGCGCGCUGAGCGAGGCCGGCAUCGCGCUGGAGCCGUCGGACGGCCUGGCCCCCGCGCGCGACGUGACGGUGGCCGUGGACAACGGCAUCAGCGCGGAGCACACGGUGGUGCACGUGCGGUGCCCCGACCGCAAGGGGCUGCUGUACGACAUCCUGCGCGUGCUCAAGGACGCGGACGUGAGCAUCAGCUACGGCCGCAUCGAGGCGGACCCGGUCACGCACCAGGCCUUCAUGGAGGUGUUCCUGGAGGAGGACGGCGACGGGACGAAGAUCCAGGACCGCGACAUGACCGAGGAGCUGCGCCUCAAGGUGCAGCACGCCAUCGCGUGGCCCGUCCGCAUCACGCUCAACCCCGUGUACGACGGCGCCUUCACCAACCUCACCGUCAAGGCGCCCGUCGACUCGGGGGGCCGCGGGCGCCCGCGCGUGAUCUACGACGUCACGCGGGCGCUCAGCAGCGCCGGGUUCGGCGUCUUCAUGGGCGACAUGACCAUGGAGCUGCGCAAGACGCGCGCGGGCGCCGAGGGCCACGCGCGGCAGGACGACAUGGUGCCGCUCGCCGCCGACACGAGCCUCCUCGACUCGCCGGACAGCAAGGUCGUCGAGGUGCACCGCUUCCUCGUCCACGACGACGCCGGGAAGCCGCUCUCCGAGGCCGACCAGCAGCGCGUCAUGGACCUGGUGCGCCGCUCCCUCGCCGGGUGGCCGCUCGCGCCCGCGCCCGCGCCCGCGAGCGUCAAGGAGGGCGACUCCACGCACGCCGGCAGCGCGAGCCAGCACGGACCGAAGCCCGCCGCGUCCGCGCUGCGCGGCGUGCUGGGCAGCUCGCGCGACUUUGCGUCUGGCAACAACCUGACGGGCCGCCUCAUGUCCCGCCUGUACCCGACCGGGGGCCGCCGCGCCGCGAGCAAUGCGGGCGGGUCGCGGCCGUCCAGCGUCUCCGGCGUCGACGACGCCCCGGCCGGCAGCGUCGCGCAGAGCCAGGCCAGCAGCGGCACCGAGUGGGUCGACGACGGGAGCGCGGCGGGGAGCGCGGCGGCGCUGCAGACCGGCGUGCCCGCGGUGGCCGCGGCACCGGCGGCCCAGCAGGGGGGCGCGUCGCCGCGCGGGCAGCGCGGCAGACACCGCCGCUCGAGUCAGGGCAGCUGGAGCAACAACUUCCCCAACCUGACGCUCGGGGCCGGACACCCCUCCGGCGCGGGGCGCAUGAAGAAGAACAUCUCCUGGGCGGCGGUGACGGCCGCGAGUGGGGGCGCGGGGUUCGCGGCCCCGAGCUACGCGCAGGCGUACAACAACUCGGGACACCGCCACUCGGGGCCGCACCACCACCACCACCACCAGGGGCACCUGACCAUGCAGGGCAUGCACCCUAUGGCCUCGACCGCGCGCACCUCGUUGCUGGGGAGCAAGCAGGCCGCCAAGCAGGUGUUCCGCCUCGACUCGGACCGCAGCCCCAAGCCGGCCGCCUCGCUGCCCCAGGAGGACUCCCGCGGGCGUCUCACGCAGAUCCAGGAGAUCCCGUCGACUGCAGUCAACGCGGCCCAUGCGGCCGACCCGUGA